AUGGCGAAUUUGGCUACCUUCUCUUCUUCCCCGACUGUGUCCAUUGCCGUUGACGGUAGCUGGAAUCCCUCGGUGAACAGGAUGGGGUGUGCCGCUAUUGUGAGGGACUCUUGUGGCAAUUGGUUGUCUGCCAUCUCUGUCAGUUAUGCUUCUGGCUCGGCCUUUCUUGCAGAGAUUCUUGCUAUGGAGCUGGGGCUCCGUCAUGCUCUGGAGAUAGGCUACACCGAGGCCUCGUGCUCGUCUGACUGCUCGGAGGUUAUCCAUGCUCUACAUGAAGGGACCAACAUCACAAGCUACUGGAAUAGGGAGGAGAUAUGUCGCGUUCGUGCUGCUAUGGCAAGUAUGCAGCAUGUUACUUUGUUCCAGGUUGAUCGAGCCAAGAAUAACACGGCUGACAAACUAGCCCGGGAGGCUUGCUGUCAAGGCUCACCGGUUCAAGUUUGGAAGCAGCCACCUUCCUUCGUUUAUGAUUCUUUGUUUUUAGAUUCUCUUAGUUAG